CACUUCAGCGUCCUGUAACCGGAUCAGUGUAAACUGGAACACGUCGGUGUAGCUGCGGCUAAUACCAGCGCUUCUUUCUCACAGCAUAAGACAUCACCGAGCAGCCAUGGGGCUCACCAUCUCGUCGCUCUUUGAUAGGAUCUUUGGCAAAAAACAAAUGAGGAUUUUAAUGGUUGGACUGGAUGCUGCCGGGAAAACAACUAUUUUGUACAAAUUGAAACUUGGUGAAAUUGUGACCACCAUCCCAACCAUUGGCUUCAAUGUGGAGACGGUAGAAUAUAAAACUAUCAGCUUCACUGUGUGGGAUGUAGGUGGCCAGGACAAGAUCAGACCUCUCUGGAGACACUACUUCCAGAACACACAGGGCCUGAUCUUUGUGGUGGACAGCAAUGACAGAGAAAGAGUGAAAGAAUCUUCAGAAGAGCUUAAGAAGAUGUUGUCAGAGGACGAGUUGAAAGACGCUGUUUUGCUGGUGUUUGCUAACAAACAAGACCUUCCCAAUGCCUUAUCAGUCAGCGAGCUCACAGACGAACUUGACCUCAACCACAUCAAAAACAAACCCUGGUACGUUCAGUCAACCUGCGCCACCCAGGGAACUGGGCUGUAUGAAGGACUUGAAUGGCUCUCCACUGAGUUGUCCAAGAAAUAAAGAAGGAUCAGCUGAACGGAGAGAGAAAGCGGCUGAAAACCACAGGACAGGAGAGGAGGCACAGACAUUCAAUCUAGAAACAUUUGGUCUUCCAGCACCAAUGUUCACAAAAAGGACAAGGCUGGUGGACGAUAUAUAAUCAUCUUUGGGAAAUUUUAAUAUCACAUUCUUUCUUUUAUUAUCAGUAAUAUUACCAUAUUAUCUCUUGAUAUAGUCUGUUUUUCACCUUCUGUUCCCAAACUCUUACAUGGCAACAAUUUGUAAUUACACAUUCAGUUGCAUGAUGAGCAAAUGGCCUUUUUGGGAAAUUUCAUAGAAACAAUAAACGGAGGGAUGGAAGUUGUUUUUCCACUUGACACCUCUGCUCAUGUCUAGGCAGAAUUUGCAGUAAUUGACCACUUGUGUAAUUGUUUGACUUUCUUAUAGCCAUUAUUGAGCCGAACCUAGGGGAUAUGAUAAUGUCACUCUAGAGCUUUGGUGAAGGACAACUGGUAGGCUCGCUCAGGCUGUUCAUCUUUACAACCCCUCUGGGAUAUUUGACUCCCUCACAGAACUGACCGUUGCUCUUCACUGCUUUGUGUCAUGCCAACUCAUUUCUGUUAAGGGCAGCCCAUAGAAUGAGAUGGAUGAGGACUGCCUCAUUUCCCCAGAUAGUUAGUUGUGUGGAACCACAUGGCCUCCCAGUAAACAGAUCCAAAGUGAAUAUUGUGCCUUCUGGUCCCUCUUAACACAAAUCUGACUAAUCCUUUCCUUAUCUCAUUCUGAGGCUAUGCUCGCUCAUUAAGUGCUUAAGUGACUUAUUUGUUUUUGAAAGACAAAAUAUCGCAAUAAGACACUUCGUUUUGUUCUGCGGUGCAUAGUGAGGUUCAGCAGACCCAUGCCAGUGUGAGUGUACAUUGCUUCUUUAAAACUAAACUACACUACCAACCAGGAUUUCAUACUAUUUAUGUCCUCCUAACAUUUUUUUUUUUUUUUUAUAGCGACAUGCAUGAAAACAGGAUUUAAUUAGAAAUUUCAUCUCUGUUGACACUACCAGAAAAUCUUUUUUACCCUAAAAGGAGGAAGGAAGCGCCUUUUUAGUGUUGACAUAUGGCUAAUGUCAGUGUGACACAGUAAAGUAGCAUGUUUUUUCUUGUUUGAGUUUGUUGUACUUGUGUCUGAAGGCAAAUACUAUAAACAAAAGCAUACCUGCCCCAUUUGUUUAUUUUUGUGUAUACAUUCCAACUUAUGCUUGCAGACGCUGGAGCUGCCACUCUUAAAAUUAUUCCCGAAAGAUAUUUUCCAAAAAAAAGCUCUGAAUAAACACUAUGUUAAAACAAA